CUCCAAUCCACUCCACUCGCAUCGCAUCCCGCACGUACGCUUCGCAAAUCAAUUUUCGUUCGCCGAUCCGGAGGUUCUCGAGAUGAAGGCUAGGUCGAGGUCCAGCAAUGCCGACUCCAGGCUCUCGGUGAGGAAGACCAAAGCGGAGAAGGACCCGAACAAGCCCAAGAGGCCACCCAGCGCGUUCUUCGUGUUCAUGGAGCAGUUCAGGAAGGACUACAAGGAGAAGCACCCCAACGUCAAGCAGGUCUCAGUGAUUGGCAAGGCUGGUGGUGACAAGUGGAAGUCCAUGUCUGAUGCUGACAAGGCUCCUUUCGUGGCGAAGGCCGAGAAGCUCAAGGCUGAGUACACCAAGAAGAUUGACGCCUACAACAACAAGCAGGCGGGAGGCCCGGCUACCUCAGGCGACUCCGACAAGUCCAAGUCCGAGGUGAAUGACGAGGACGAGGGCAGCGGAGACGAGUGAUGGGAACUCUCCUCUCUUCCUCCAGGCUCCAGGAAGCUGGAAGCUCUCUCGAGCCGGCCUAACCCAACCCCCUGUGGACGUUGCUGUUGCUGCUCCUUGCUAGCUUAGUCUUAGCCUCCUGUAGCGUAGCGCUCAUGUGGUGUUCUCCCUCGCCUUUGCUCUCCUCGGCACUUGACCACCCGCACCAUCUUGUCGUUUGUCUGCCCGUCUGUGUUGUCUCACUGUCUGUAUCUACACCAAGUACUAGUAUCUGUCGCUGUUUUAAAUCUCAGAUCUUAGUAGAUGGUGCCAUCUGUUGAAGUUGCUGAAGAUGAUUAAAAGGAAAUACAACAGUCUCAUGCUUCUGUUUAAUGCUGCUCCUGGAUCUGUUAGAUGGUUUACACCGUUACAGUUGUGAUGUCUUGCUUCUGAAUGUGGCU